AUGAGUCAAAAAAGGAAGUUAUUAGCAGCAGAACUUAGACUUCAGAAGGAUUUUGCACUUCUUGAUGACUAUCGUGGCAUUAAAGUUGUUUUUCCCAAAUCAGACGAUUUAUUACAUUUCAAUAUUCGUAUAAAACCAACGAGAGGCAUUUGGAAAGAUCACAAUUUUGAUUUAAAGUUUGAUGUUCCUGAAGAAUUCCCCAUUGCUCCACCACAUGUUACACUUUUGACAAAAAUUUGGCAUCCAAAUAUCGAUGAAGAAGGAAACAUUUGCUUAAAUAUCAUUAAAGGAGAUUACAAUCCAACUAUUACAAUCCUUCAAAUUAUUCAAGGCAUCGAAUUGAUAUUUGUCACUCCAAAUCCUUACUCCCCACUAAAUAAUGCUGCAGCAGAAAUGUUAAUUCAUGAUGAAAGUGGAUUUAGAGAAAAAGUGGAAGAAUAUAUGGAGGAGUUUUGUCCAUGCGACUAA